AUGGCUAGCUCUCUUGCGAAACUGGGGAAGCGUAUGGGUUUUUCACGCCCUAUCGAAGAGAAGUCGGGAAAGGCAAGAGCCUCAUCCCUGCCCGGAGAACUAUGCCGCCACUUUUCUCUGGACGAAAUCAAAACAGCAACUAAUAACUUCAAUAAAGAAUUAAUUGUCGCUAAGGGUGGCUUUGGCAAGGUAUACAAGGGUUUCAUUGACAAGGCUCCCUUACACUGGCCUGUGGCGAUAAAGCGCUUGAGCCCGAAUACAUGCCAAGGUGUAGAAGAGUUCAGGACGGAGACUCUAUUGCUCUGUCAGAUUCGCCAUGUCCACGUCAUUCCAUUAAUCGGAUACUGCAACGAUGAGGGCGAGAUGAUCCUCGUCUACGAUUUCAUGGCCAACAACAUUCUCCGUGAACACCUUUACGACACCGACAAGGCCCCCAUUCUGUGGAAACAGAGGCUCCAGAUUUGCAUCAGAGUGGCGCGUGGCUUGCACUACCUACACACGGGCUUGAAGCACACAGUUAUCCACCGUGACGUGAAGACGACCAAUAUACUUUUGGACGAUAAAUGGGUAGCCAAGGUUUCAGAUUUCGGAUUGGUGCCUUUGGAUCUGGAUAACAUUGGGGUUAGUACGAUGGUAAGGGGUACAUUUGGAUAUUUGGAUCCGGAAUACGCAAGACGCCGACAACUGACUGAAAAAUCCGAUGUGUACUUCUUCGGCGUGGUGCUCUUGGAAGUAUUAUGUGCCCGAAAAGCUUUGAAUCCCAAACUGCAGGAAGAGCAAUGGAAUUUGGCCAACUGGGCCCGAAAAUGCAACGAGAAGGGGAGCAUCGGCAAAAUCAUAGAUCUCUAUUUGGAGGGGAAGAUAGCUCCGGAAUGCUUCAAGGUAUACGUGGAGAUUGCGAUGGCUUGCGUGCAAGAUCAGGGGAUUCAACGGCCUACGAUGGUAGAUGUGAUGGAAAAGCUCGAACUUGCACUGGAGCUGCAAGAGAAGGCGGAUGCCGAGAGACCGGGUUUCAUUGACGAGGGUAACUCCAGGUCUGUGGUGAUAAAGCGCUUGUGCGUGGGUUCAAAACAAGGUGUAGAACAGCUCAGGACGGAGACUCUAUUGCUCUGUCAGAUUCCCCAUGUCCACCUCAUUCCAUUAAUCGGAUACUGCAACGAUGAGGGCGAGAUGAUCCUCGUCUACGAUUUCAUGGCCAACAACAUUCUCCGCGAACACCUUUACGACACUGACAAGGCCCCCCUUCUGUGGAAACAGAGGCUCCAGAUUUGCAUCGGAGUGGCGUGUGGCUUGCACUACCUACACACGGGCUUGAAGCACACAGUUAUCCACCGUGACGUGAAGACGACCAAUAUACUUUUGGACGAUAAAUGGGUAGCCAAGGUUUCAGAUUUCGGAUCGUCCAAACAGGUUUUGAAUUAUGACAUUAAGUUUAGCAACCUCGUAGUGGACGAUGAGGUUACCAGUUGGCCUUUGGAUAUUGGAUUGUCCGAACAGAUUCCAAGUAGCACUGCGGCUAGUUACAACUUCUUGAGUGGUAAGAGGGUGCCUUGGGAUCUGGAUAACAUUGGGGUUAUUACGAUGGAAGUGCAAUGGAAUUUGGCCAACUGGGCCCGAAAAUGCAACGAGAAUGGGAGCAUCGGCAAAAUCAUAGAUCCCUAUCUGGAGGGGAAGAUAGCUCCGGAAUGCUUCAAGGUAUACGUGGAGAUUGCGAUGGCUUGCGUGCAAGAUCAGGGGAUCCAACGGCCUACGAUGGUAGAUGUGAUGGAAAAGCUCGAACUUGCAUUGGAGCUGCAAGAGAAGGCGGAUGCCGAGAGACCGGUAGAAGAUUAUGAUCUGUCGGCCUGGAAGUCAGGCAUGUCGUCGGACUCGGGUCGUACGACCUACAGUGAUAUAAUGGAAGAUAAGGAGAACAGCCAAGGAAGUCUACAAAUUGAUUUGUUUGGAGGUUCAAUUUAG